AUGCAUCGACUAAAUGAAGUUGUUUUUCUUCUACUAUUAUUCAUCUCUCAAUAUCAAGCACAAGAUCCAACCACACCUGGUGACUGGAAUGGCGAUUCAAAUUUAUGUACAGUUAAUCCAACAACUACACCUUCAUCAUUACCUGCACCACCAAUACCUAGAUUUCCAAAUCAAGCUGAAUUCGCUCUAGAACGUGUCGAAGUUAAGCAUAUACAAAAUAUAACACUACCCAGUGAAAUAACUACGCUUGAAUAUCUUUAUGAUUACAAUGCUAAUCAAUUAAUUAUAGUUAAAAAUAGAAAUGGCAUUAUUGAUGUUGAAUAUUUUUACUAUGGUAUCAUGAAGAAAUCAACUUAUUAUGGAGGAGAUUUUUGUGUUGUAACGAAUAUUCCAACAGGAAAUGAUAUGGAUGGUGCAUCGCCAAUACAAUUACCAGAUGGUACAUGGCAUAUUCGUCCGUUGAAUGAAUUUCUUUUAUUUUCAAGUGAUAAUCCAAAUCGACGAGUUACACCAAUAUAUCUCGGCACAGAUACAGUACGUGGAAUUCCAGUUCAUAAAUGGCAAAGUUGUUACAUCGAUAGGGCACAAUAUAGAACAGUACGACGUAUUUGGACAUUUGCUCAAGAAGGAUUUACUAUGCCAGGUGUGGUUAAUAAUUUAUUUUCUGUUCCUGUUCAAGCACUGAUUAGUGCUUCAGUUGUGUUCCCAAAUGGCACACAAUUAGCUGAAUUUGAUGAAGAAUUUAAUAUAUAUACAUUUCGACCAGGUAUUAUGGAAUCUAAUGAUGCAUUAUCACCACCAAAAGGUGUUUUUUGUGCAAGUGGUCCAGGCCAAAAUUUAAUAUCACUUAAAGAUGCUGGUGUUAGCUGGCCAAAUCAUUUUAGUGUUCGUGUUGACACUUCAACAUCACGUUCAUCACGAUGGGAACGAUUUCAUUUACGUUAUGAUCAAGGUCGUGAACAGACUUCAAAACGUUUACGUUAUGAUUAUAUGCCACCUGGUUCGGAAGAUUUUAUAACUGUUAUUCAUGAUUAUACUGAUAAUAUAACUUAUAUUAUUGAUCGUCAAGUUGGUACAUGUAAUAUUAAUCGUGGUGUAGAAAUUCCUGCUGUUAGUUCUCUUCGUGAUCCAAUACGAUUUUUUAUUAAACAUGAAGCUCAUUUUAUUUUUAAUCCACCUGAAAAAGCUUGGGAAUUUAAUGGAUUUCGAUCAUGUCGUGGUAAAGCUAUUAAAUGUGCAAUAUUAACAACAUCAGUAGACAAUUUUCCUGCUAUAGUUGAUCCGGACAUUGGUAUGGGAACAGGUGAAACAUGGGCAGCAACUAAUAUGGAAUAUGGUUGGUCAGUUCGUGCUCCAUUUUCUACUGCAACAUCUGAUCAACCUAAACAAUUUGAUUAUCCAGUAAGUUUAUAUUUAAAAAUGUAUCGAUUUCGUGAUCCAAGUAAUCCAUCACCAUUAAAUCUUGUCACUGAAGAUAUUGAAUAUGAAUUUUAUGAAAUGUCACAUGAAUCAAAGCCAUCUGAUUUCGAUAUAAGUACAUGUUAUCGCUCACUCGACUUGCCAUAUCUUCAUCUUGGUUUCGUUCUUAAACCAAGCAAUAAUAAUCCCGUAGAUAGCAAAUAUUUGAAUAGACGUGCUCUCGAAUUAAACUUGCGAUCUACUCUGGCAAAUAAAAUGCAGAUCAAAUGGACACGCAUAAGCAACGUUGAACUUGAUCACAUUCGAUUUGAUAAUAGUAUCUAUGUUCUAUUCACUCUUCUUGGUCCAGUACCCAUACCGAACAACGACGAAUCAUCGGUUGAAACAGCUAAAGUAGCUUUGGAAACGGCAAUUAACGCCGGUCAAUUCACAUUUGAUAUAACACUGUUAGACAAUGUUCAAUCACAAAUCGAAUUAAAAGCACAGCCAAAUUCUCUCAAAGUUUCUCAACAAUUUAUGUCGAUUCAUGCUAGUUGGGUAUACGCCAAUGUUUCCAAUUGUAAUGUUUCCAAUUGCGAAGUUCCUAAUGUCAAUAAUUCCAAUAACAAUGGUCAACGACUUAAACAAGAGAAAUACACUGCAGGAGCUAAAGCUGGUGGUAUUAUUGGUGGACUUAUUGUCGGUAUAGUUCUUGGCUUCGUCGUACUUGUUCUCAAUCGAUUCUUAAAUAAAAUCUCAACACCUACUAAUAGUCCUACAAUUAGCAGUGAUAUGAAAAAUAUAAUCAUUCGCGAUGGAAACUCGGCACCACCUUCAAAUGCACAAAAUUUGCAAAAUUCAGCUGAUACAUUUGACACUUGA